AUGUACUUCUUGCGUACAUCCAAACACAUUAACCCUUCUAAAUUUGGCGAAUUUGACGGAGCCCUGCGCACCGCCCUGUCGUCGAUUUGCAAUGUUCAAGAACCAUCCGGCAUUUCUGCGCAUGAUGGUAGGCACCCGGACGGAUGCACACUAAUACCUUGGAGAGCCGGCAGAUGUUUGGCGUGGGAUGUUACGGUCCCUGGCACCCUCGCCGAACGAUACGUAAACCUGACAAGUAAAGAAUGCGGUUUGGACGCGGCCAGGGCAGCGGACGAGAAAAUGAAAAAAUAUGGGAACGCCUUUCCCUCGAUGGAAUUCUUGCCAAUAUGCAUCGAGGUUCUUGGCCCGAUAGACCCCAACACCCUUAAAUUUCUUAAGGAAAUAUGCAAAAUGAUCAGCGUCAGAUCAGGCGACAGCAGGGAACUGUUUUUCGCAACUAACCACAUUUCGUGCUUGUUGCAGCGGUUCCUGCGUGAGGCGGGUGCCGUUGCCUUAAGAGCCGCAGACUUUAAAAAUUCAAAAUAUGCGGCUCUUGCAGAAAGCAAAAUUUUUCAGCCAGUCUGCAUUGAGACCUUUGGUCCAACCGAUGCUCAGACUCAGAGUUUUCUGAAUGAACUCUGUAGCAGGAUUGUAGAAGUAUCGGGUGACCCAUUAGAUAAGAGUUAUGUAAAGCAAUCCUUUUCUAUUUUACUUCAAAAAUAUAAUUCUUUCUGUAUUUUGGAUGGAGCGUUAAAAUACCUGUCUGUGCGAAGCGUUUAA